CAAAAAACCACUAUUCAUCAUAUCCACUGGGAGGAACGUGAUUUGUUAAGGUGUUCCAACAAAAAUGUCAUUGAAGUCCAACUUGCUACUACUUUUGGGUUGACACAAUUUUCUACUCAGUGAGGGUCCAGAAUAGCCCUUAAACUAUAUUUUACAUUCUACACAUAUCUUAUAUAUAAUCCACCUGCAAAGAUCUCUUCUUCCACACUUCCUAAACAGAGGACAUCUCUCUCUCCUUCUUCAAUCUCUAUCUUCUUCAUUCUACCAUUGAAAUUCACCUAAUAUUUGGAGUUCCAGAAAUCAGCAUUUUUUUGUGUUAAGAAUGGGUCUUAGCAGACUCAUCUUCGUGGGUGCAAUCUUGAUAAAUCUGUGGGUAUUGGCCAUUGGUACUCAGCCCAGGAGGCCUAUCAAUGUGCCAUUUCAGAAGAACUAUGUCCCUACUUGGGCUGCUGACCAUAUCCGCUACAUCAAUGGCGGCAACACCGUCGAUCUUGUCCUCGAUAAAACCACAGGUACUGGAUUUCAGUCUAAGGACGAGUAUUUAUUCGGGCAUUUCAGCAUGAGGAUGAAAUUGGUGGGUGGUGACUCUGCUGGUGUGGUUACUGCAUUCUAUCUGUCGUCCCAGAAUAAUGAACAUGAUGAGAUAGAUUAUGAGUUCUUGGGGAACAGAACAGGGCAACCUUACAUUUUACAGACCAAUGUUUUCACGGGUGGCAAAGGAGACAGAGAGCAACGCCACUACCUCUGGUUCGACCCGACCAAAGGGUACCAUGAUUAUGCUGUCCUCUGGAACAUGAAACAAAUUGCGUUUUAUGUGGAUAAUGUCUGCAUCCGGGUGUUCAAAAAUCAAGGUGAUAUCGGAGUGAGAUUUCCAUUCAAUCAACCCAUGAGGCUGUACUCCAGCCUGUGGAACGCAGAUGAUUGGGCUACAAGAGGUGGGCGGGAGAAAACCAAUUGGGCUGGAGCCCCAUUCAUCGCAUCUUACACCUCAUUCCAUAUCGACGGCUGCAAGGCCUCAACUCCACAGGAAAUCAAGGUCUGCAAAACCACUGGGCUUAAAUGGUGGGAUCAGCCUGCUUUUGCUGAUUUGGACGCCAAUGAGUACAAGAGGCUUAAGUGGGUACGAAGCAAAUGGACCAUUUAUAACUAUUGUACCGAUAAGACAAGGUACCCACAAGUUCCUCCGGAAUGCAGAAGGAACAAGGACAUUUGAGCUCAUAAGCAACAAACCCAUACAAGAUGAACAAAAGAAUAUCUUUUCUAAAAUUUCUAUCUGUUGUAUGAAUGUUUAUUUACUGCGUGAUUUGGUGAGGAAUGUAGUGUUCAACCGUCCGAGUGAUGAAAUUUGGUUGACGGCUUGUCAUGAGAUUGAUGACAACAGGUCUUGAUCCUACUGUUAUGUAUUAUUAAAUGUCGUAUGUUGUUAUUAGUACGAAAAUAAUGUAUAAUGAUUCAUUAUUUUUUGCACGAAUAUCCUAGUAACAUAUUUGGUGGGAAAAUUGGUUCUGAGAUC